UGUUGAGCACAAGAGAGCAUCACACAAAAUGGGAAAGAUCAUCUUUUAUGAGGACAAGAACUUCCAGGGCCGCUCCUAUGAGUGCACUUCGGAGUGUUCUGACUUAUCCUCUAACUUUCGCCGCUGUAAUUCAGUUCGUGUAGAAAGUGGAAACUGGAUACUUUAUGAGCAUCCUCACUUUCGGGGACACCAGUAUUUUCUUAGCAGAGGAGAAUACCCUGAUUUUCAACAGUGGAUGGGCUUCAAUGAUUCCAUCAGAUCCUGUCGCCUGAGCCCCCAGCACCAUGGUUCGUUUAGAAUGAGAAUCUACGAGAGGGAAGAUUUCCAAGGCCAGAUGAUGGAAUUUACUGAAGAUUGUCAACAUGUUUAUGAAAGAUUCCGUUACCAUGACAUCCAUUCCUGCAACGUUCUUGAUGGUUACUGGAUGUUCUAUGAGGAGCCCAACUACAGAGGACGUCAGUAUUAUCUGAAACCUGGAGAGUAUAGAAGAUACACCGACUGGGGUGCCAUGAGCCCCAAAAUUGGCUCAUUCAGACGAGUCCAUCAUUUCCAAUAAAUGAUGCAUUUUGAAUGUGUAUUCUAUAUGCAUUCAUUAAAAUAUUUUGGAAACUAA